CGAAGACAUUAAAGUGAUACCAAAACUACUACAUCCCAUUCUCCUCCAAAAGCAAGUUCUAAUUUUUUUUCCUGGUAAGUAUGCUUUGCUUCAAUUUUCAGUGUUCUCUUCCUUUUUAGUUCUUCAGCUUCAUCGUUUUUUUAUUUGAAUAAUACUGUUGCAUUUAUUCUGGAUGCCUCUUUUCCCAUCUGGGUUCAUCGUAUUUUACUACUUGUGUAGCUUUCUUGGUAUGGAUUUUUUUUUUUUUUUUAUAAGAAAGAACAGUGUGGAAAUGGGCUUUUUGUGUUUUGUUUAUCUAGAUUUUAGCUGCCCCGCAUUGGUCUGAACUCUGUUGUGUGUUGGUAGCUCUGACUAUAUAAUUUCUUUUCUUUUUCCUUGUUUGUCCACUUUUUUCCUUGUUUCUUAUUCUCCCUUAUUGUUCUUGUUGUUUAAUUUGAAUAAUUGAGUCUAUCCUAAUAUCAUCAAUGAUAAUGAGUUUGGAGUUGUUGCUUAGGGAGCUGAUGCUUUCUUGGUUUGUUUGGAACAAGAGAUGUCUGAAAAACAAAUAUUUCGUCCCUCUUUCUGUGUCUUUACUAUCUAGUUUUCCUAAUUCUCUUCCUCAGGCUUUUAUACUGCUUGGAUUCAAGUUUUCCAAUAGCUAGAAAUUCUUUUGCUUAAGUUGAUGGAAUUAGUUAAUCCCAUGAAAUCCCCUGAUCCUUUUCUUUUUUUCUUCAGAAUUCUCUUGACUAGAAUGUUGAUGUUGUUGGAUAUUGGUUCAUUUAUUUGAUUUUCCUCCGAAUACAUUGCUUUUCAAAUGUAAGAAAGGUACAUUAGUAAGGGGAAAAAACAAAAAACUCUUAGGGUCAAUUAUCUGUAGACAUGAAUCCUGGUUCGUGGAAGUACUUAUCUUUUAACAGCAGUCUGGAUGCUGGAGAAUUAAUUGUAAUGUGAUUUCCAACUUAAUUCUAAGGAAAGAUGGCUUUGGUGUUCUACUAGGUACUGUGUCCUAUUGAUACAAACAAAUCCAUUCUAAAGCUUUAGAGAGGGAUCUUCAUUUGAUACGCUAAAUAUGGAAGGAUAAUACCUUGUCAAUUGAUGUUGAUGUCAUAUAUUAAGCAAUGAUGAUGGUUCAAGAUGCUCUUUUUUGUUUCAGGGUCUUUCACAUAAGCUACAUUGUCGAUUCUGAUAUCACAUUUAUAGCCAUGAUUAAUUGUGGAACGAGCAUAUGCCUUGUUCUCUAAAUGUGGGUUUGGAAAGUGUAAUCACCUCCAAUCAAAGUGUCUCAAGUAAGAUGAAUACCCGUCUUUCUAGUGUCAUCUUGCUAGCACCAUCCACAUUGUGCUUUCUACAGACCUCUACCAAGCAUCCAGAAGUAAAAUGGGCUAUCAUGCCUUCAUCGAAGACAAGAUCCUCUUCAUCUUCUGUUGCCUUUCAUGCAUUACAAGGGAGCUGUUUCCUGGCCAGUGUCUCCAAGAAAUUCAACAAAUUUCAAUCAUUGACAAUUACAAGUAUGCGUAACAAAUCUUCCAGGAGGACAUGCUUUGAUAUUUCACUAGGUUCAGGAAGGUUGAAUUACAAUUUCAGAGCUCCAAGGCAAACUAUAAUCAGAUGGUCACAACACUUAGCAUCUGGGGGUUUGUUUGUUGGACUGGUUUGUAAUUCAAGUUCUGAACCAGUUCAAGCAGACGCACCUGAGUCUAAGCAGGUAGAUGAUGGUAAUAUAUCUGAGGUCUCAUAUUCUCAUGGGAAGAAAGUCUGCACUGACUAUUCUGUAACUCGCAUUCCUGGAGAUGGUAGGUGUUUGUUUCGUUCUGUAGCCCAUGGAGCUUGUUUACGAGCUGGAAAACCUGCUCCAGAUGAGAAACUUCAGAGGGAACUGGCAGAUGAUUUACGAGCUAAAGUAGUCGACGAGCUUGUCAGGAGACGUGAAGAGACAGAAUGGUUUAUCGAAGGUGAUUUUGAAAUAUAUGUCUCAAAAAUGAAGAAACCUCACGUGUGGGGUGGUGAACCUGAAAUAUUGAUGGCUUGUCAUGUUUUGCAGAUGCCAAUUACUGUAUACAUGCACAACCAAGAUUCUGGUGGUUUGAUAUCCAUUGCUGAGUAUGGACAAGAAUAUGGCAAGGAUAAUCCUAUCAAUGUCCUGUAUCACGGGUAUGGUCAUUAUGAGGCUUUGCAGAUUCCUGGAAAGGCGGGUCGAAGAUCAAGAAUGUAA